UCUUUUAUAAAAAAAAAAAUCCGAAAUGAAAAGAAAGUUGCUCAAGUAAGAAACUUUUUUUUUUUGGUUAUAAUUUAGUUAUUUUUGUUGUGGGUACAUGUGAUUCCACUACUUAUCAGGAAAUGUUGCAAAGAUAAGACUGUGAGGGAAUUAUCAGCUGGCUCCUCUAAACUGCAAGUACCAAAUGUUGAAGACGAUUGAAGUUGCCAUGCCCACCCACGUCCAGCCAAAUCCUUCUCUAUCUCCAAGCCCAUGUCUUCCUAUUUCAACUAGGAAUCUGAGAAACAAGAAGAGGAAAACAAAAACAGCAUACACAUACAAAACAUGGAAGAUUACUGCUGUUUCUGCUUGUACUACUUCUUCUUCUUCUUCUUCUUCUUCUGGGCCGUUUAAUCAGACAGUUGGUGGACAAUUUCUAUCUGGAUGUGAAAUCAGCAGAAGUGGUGAAGAGAGAAGUAGAAGAAAGAAAAGGGUAUUUUUCUUGGACGUUAAUCCACUUUGUUAUGCUGGAAGCACACCCAGUUUACACUCUUUUGGUUACUGGAUUUCUCUUUUCUUCUCUCAAGUCAGCCUUAGUGACCCUGUUAUUGCUGUUCUUGAUGGAGAAGGAGGUCAUGAGCAUAGAAGAAAGUUGUUGCCUUCAUAUAAAGCACAUAGAAGAAAAUUCUUAAGCCAAUCAUCAGCUUUUCAAAAAUUCUCAAAGGGUCAAUCAUCAGCAUUUAAAAGAUCCUCAAAGGGUCAUGUUACAAGGUCGGAAGUUGUCAUGGAUGUUCUUACAAAGUGCAAUGUCCCAGUUGUAAAAAUAGAAGGUCAUGAAGCAGAUGAUGUUGUGGCUACACUAGUAGAACAAGUUCUACAAAGAGGAUACAAGGCGGUUGUUGCCUCUCCAGAUAAAGAUUUCAAGCAAUUGGUUUCUGAAGAUGUACAAAUUGUUUUGCCUGUUACAGAGCUUAAAAGAUGGUCCUUUUACACCAUAAAGCACUACAUUGCUCAAUAUAAUUGUGACCCAUGCUCUGAUUUGAGUCUUAGAUGUAUCAUGGGUGAUGAGGUUGAUGGUAUUCCUGGGAUACAAAGUGUGGCUCCUGGAUUUGGUCGAAAGACUGCUCUAAAGCUUUUGAAAAAGCAUGGUUCAUUGGAAAAUUUACUAAAUGUAGCAGCAAUAAGAACUGUGGGAAAACCAUAUGCACAAGAUGCCCUCACAAAGCAUGCUGACUAUCUGCGAAGGAAUUAUGAGGUUCUGGCACUGAGGAGGGAUGUUGAUGUUCAUCUUCAAGAGGAAUGGUUGGUCAACAGAGACAGAUGCAGUGAUUCCAUAAUUUUGUCCAACCUCUUUAAGGUGUUGGAAGAAAAGAAAAUACACCAUCACCAAAAUAGAUCUCAUAUUUCAAAUGGUUAAGCCCCCAACAGCUCUUGCAGUCCCUCGGCAGAGGAGGGAGUUUAGCCAUGCUAAGAGAUGCUUUUCUACACUUGACCAGUAUAGUAUGGGCAUAAAAUUGCUAAGAUUGUGAUGAACAGUGAACUGGGAAAUGAAGAAUUUAGCACUGUAGAGGGAAGACCACUACCUCUUUCAAUGAGCUAUUAAGCGCAUAAGGAGAAGAAACUGGUUACUACAUCUGAGGUUUCAGUACUCUGAAUACAUUGCAAGUUACAAGUUCCUGAAAUUGGGUGCCUCCUCCCUGGAAAUGAAUGAAUGGUUUUAGCUUCUUGGCUUGAGGUGAGGAACAACCAUGUCUCAGGCACCAUUUCUAUCGUUAAAACUUAAUAUCUAAAGGAUUAGAGCUGAGAUGGGAUCCACUCUCAUGUAAUUUUCAUUGUAGACUAUCUGUAGCAGCAAUGGAGAGCCUAGACAGCAUCAACCCAAUCUCAUAUUAUAAUUUGCUAAACGGAAUUGUAACUUUAAACACUCUGAAUUAGUUCUUCGAGAUGUGAUUUGUAAUGCUUAUGAAUCCAGUAAAAAGAGAGCAAAGAAAAAAAGCAAAAGGAAAAAAAAAAAUAGAAAAAAACCACUCUUAAUUAUGGUAUUAA